AUGCCAACCAAACCGCCGUCACGGGUCGAUAUUCCGGAGGUGGAUAUCUGGGGUCUGAUGUUUGAGUCGGGCCAUCAUCACAUGCCAGAUGAUCAUGUCCAAUACAUCUCUGCCGAGAGCGGACGGAGCUAUACGAUUGGCCAAGUCAGACAUACAGCAAUACGGUUCGGUCAAUGCCUGAGGGCAAAGUGGUCCUGGAAGCAGGGAGACAUCCUUGCUUUCUUCACUCCGAAUUGCAUUGACUUCCCAUCCCUCGCUUGGGGAUGUCACUGGGCCGGAGGCAUCAUCUCCCCGGCAAACCCGUCGUACACGCCUGACGAGUUGGCUUAUCAGCUGAAGGACUGCGGAGCCAAGGCAAUUGUGACGCAGAAUGCAUACCUGGACACGGUUGUCCAAGCUGGAGAGCAGGUCGGAUUCGACCUCAGCAAAAUCAUCCUCAUUGGUGACCAGCAGAGUCCGCAGUCGCAAGCCAUCACGCUGUCUUCGUUUCUCAAAGGGGACAUUUCCACCAGCGGCCAGAGGACAAAGGUCAAUCCCCGAUCCGACCUUGCUUUCCUGGUGUAUUCUUCUGGAACGACCGGGCUGCCAAAGGGGGUUAUGCUAACUCAUUCCAACGUGGUCUCCAACAUAUGUAUGCUGAAUGCGGUGGAGGGAUGCAAUCUCAAGUCCCCAAAUGAUACAGUGCUCGCUGUUCUUCCAUUCUAUCACAUCUACGGCCUCACAACUCUCUUACACCUUUGCACGUAUCUGCGCCUUACCAUGGUGAUCAUGGCCAGCUUCGGCAUGGAGCCCUUCUGUCAACUUGUGCAAAAGUACCGCAUCACUUAUACUUACCUCGCACCCCCCGUUGUCCUCCAUCUCGCGAAGCAUCCCGUGGUCGGAAAAUACGAUGUCUCCUCCCUCCGCAUGAUUACCUCAGGGGGGGCACCGUUGACAAGAGAUUUGAUUGAGGCUGUAUACGAACGACUGAAGAUUCCCACUAAACAGGCCUAUGGGCUUUCUGAGACUAGCCCUGUUACUCACAUACAGUCCUGGGAUACUUGGCGCACUGCCAUAGGCUCUGUAGGCGCAGCACUUCCAAAUCUGACCACGAAAUACAUUUCGCUGGAGGGACAUGAACUCCCCAAAGGAGAGGCGGGAGAGCUGUGCAUAAAAGGCCCCACCGUCUUCAAAGGAUAUCUCAACAAGCCGGAUGCCACGGCCAAGACGAUGACGUCGGACGGAUUCUUCGCAACUGGAGACAUCGGCUACGAAGACGCCGAGGGGAACCUGUACAUCACGGAUCGCAUCAAGGAGUUGAUCAAGUACAAAGGCUUCCAGGUUGCCCCGGCGGAACUGGAAGGUCUGCUAGUUGCACACCCGCAAGUCAAGGACGUGGCAGUCAUUGGGGUGUACCACGAGGCCAUGGCCACGGAAAUACCAAAGGCGUAUGUGGUGACGGUGGAAAACGCCCAGCAGGACAGGGCUCUUGCUCAGACGCUUGUGCAUUGGCUGGACGCCCGCGUGGCUCCGCAUAAACGCCUUCGUGGUGGGAUUGAGUUCACCGAGGAGAUCCCUAGAAGUGCGGCAGGGAAGAUCCUACGUCGGCUGCUGAGGCAUCGGGCUAAAGAACCAGCGCGUAGCUUAUUGUAG